CCGGUAACGAGAAUCGUUGAUAUUUGUACAUGUACAACGUACGUGUACCUGGCCGUUUGCUCUCGUCCGAUUGCGAGUCCCCGGAUAUGGCUUGGCCUGUUAUCUGAUAUCUCAAAACCCAGUUUCAAGCUCGUUUUCUUUAUUCUCUGUCGGAACCAGGCUUCCUGAAAACGGUUGCACAUAUUCCACUCAACGACGAAUUCGACAAGGACGUCAACUGCUUUCCCGGAACACAAAGACACCGUUUCGUCUAACAUAUAUAUUUAAUCCUUCCCCGCAAUGCAUCGGACCUAUUCCAUGCGCCAAUCGCGCGCACCAACAGCAUCCCAGCUUGAGAAUCCACCCCCGCCACCCUCAACGACUAAAACGAACCGUUUGUUUGGAAGAACCAGCAUUGGGCAUGCAUUUCGGAAACAAACAGCUGGGGCUUUUAGCCCUGACCUUUCCAAGAAGCUUUCUCAACUGGUGAAAAUGGAGAAAAAUGUGAUGCGAAGUAUGGAGUUAGUGGGCAGGGAGAGAAUGGAGGCUGCCCAACAACUGUCUGCCUGGGGAGAGUCAUGCGACGAUGACGUUUCGGAUGUUACCGAUAAAUUGGGAGUUUUAAUAUACGAGAUGGGCGAAUUAGAGGAUCAAUUUGUAGAUCGAUAUGACCAAUACCGGGUUACAAUGAAGAGCAUUCGUAACAUCGAAGCAUCUGUACAACCAAGCAGAGACAGGAAACAAAAAAUAACGGACCAGAUCGCGCAUCUCAAAUACAAAGAGCCCAAUUCUCCUCGAAUUGUAGUAUUGGAGCAGGAAUUAGUUCGAGCGGAGGCAGAAUCUCUCGUUGCCGAGGCACAAUUAUCUAAUAUCACGCGAGAAAAGGUAAAGGCCGCAUUUACAUACCAAUUUGACGCUCUUCGCGAACACUGCGAAAAGUUGGCUAUCAUAGCCGGAUACGGAAAGCAUCUACUUGAAUUGGUUGACGACACCCCGGUUACACCAGGAGAGACUCGGAAUGCCUAUGACGGCUAUGACGCCAGCAGAGCAAUUAUUCAAGACUGCGAAGAUGCAUUGACGCACUGGGUCUCAUCCAAUGCGGCUGUGAGCUCCAAGCUCUCCACCCGCUCUCGCACUCUUUCCCAACGACGCCGUAACAACAUGUCGAAGACCCGUGGUGAGGGUGUGGACCUUGCUAGCCAAGACUCUCCCCUCAAGGGUGACCGUGAUUCCUGGGUCCCUGCCCAACAACAUCCUGAUUAUAAUCGCCAUGCGGACGACAUGGACGAUGAAUAUGAGGACGAAGACGUGGGAACGAAUGGCGAAAUACGGGACCGGGAGGAAGAGAAACACGUUGCUCCAGCUUGAUCACAACAUUUCUUCCCAUGAGAUAUGUUAUGUGGUUUGAUACGUCUCGUAAAUUCUAAGCGCAUCGGAGUUGUCAAUGGAGUUAAUUUUAUUCACCACUUUUCGUUCUUGUUAGUUUCCUCGGAAGAAGGUUUAAUAAUAGGUAAUAUAUUUGCCGGAGCAUAACGUACGAUAUGUUCUUAAUGGUUUGUUUGUCUUGCUCAUAUCUCUUCUGAUCUAUUCUCUUCUCGAUUGGUAGUUUAUAUUAACUUUCAAUACACCAUCGUAGAUGUUUAAUAUGAAGAUACAUGCUGUUAUUUAAACUACAAGC